GCACGCGGGGUCACGUGCUUCGGGCCCGGCGAAUGGGGGAUGAUUCGGGCUGGAAAUAUCUCACCGCGAAGCACACCGGUUACGCGCUCUGACGCUUAAUCUCCGCAAAGCCCGGCGGAUGCGCCGGGGAGUCGGCGGUUCUAGUAUCUCCUCGGCUUUGAUUUUUAGUCACUAUGGUAUGGACCGCUGAGAUCCCGGCAUCAGAAGCGACGGAGGUCGGUGCGGGAUACAGGCAAGCGGCUAGCGGGCUUGCUAAGCUAGCGGGGUGCGCGCGCUGCCUGCCCGCCCGCCGUGCACGUCACCCCGGGAGCGGGGCAGCUCUUUAGCUAGCGGCUAGCCGAUCAGCUGUGUAAGUCAACAUUAGACGCGGCUUUCGUCACCGUCCCGCCCGGACUCGGGCGGCUUUUCCCCUUUCCUGGUUGCAUGCAACGGUUCCCGGCGUCGAGGUUCCAGGAGCCGAUGCUGCAGCGGCUAGCCGCCUCCUAUUACUGCUGCUCUUUCUGGCUGGCGCUGCCAUGGCAGCGGGACUCGGCCUGCAGGGCGACCUGCCCAGCACGGGUGGAGCCAGCAGCGGAGCCACGGGAGCGGAGACGGGGACAGUCACCGGUCGUCGGGUACCUACAGCCAAGUACACCAAGGUGGGCGAGCGCCUCCGGCACGUCAUCCCAGGCCACAUGCAGUGCUCCAUGGCCUGCGGGGGGCGCUCCUGCAAGUACGAGAACCCGUCACGCUGGAGCGAGGGCGAGCAGGCCGUCAAAGGGCUCUACUCCUCUUGGAUCACCGACAACCUGCUGGCGAUGGCGAGGCCUUCUACCGAGGUCAUGGUGAAAUACAACGUCAUUGAGCAGUUUCAGAGGUGCGGCGUGAAGACGGUUAUUAACCUGCAGCGGCCUGGGGAGCACGCCAGCUGCGGGAAGCCCCUGGAGCAGGCCAGCGGCUUCACGUACAGGCCGGAGGCCUUCAUGGAAGCAGGCAUUUACUUUUACAAUUUCGGAUGGAAGGACUACGGCGUGGCCUCUCUCACCACCAUCCUGGACAUGGUGAAGGUGAUGUCCUUCGCCGUUCAGGAGGGGAAACUGGCCAUCCACUGUCACGCUGGCCUGGGGAGAACAGGAGUGCUGAUGGCGUGUUACCUGGUAUUCACCACGCGGAUGAGCGCCGACCAGGCCAUCCUCUUCGUGCGAGCCAAGCGACCCAACUCCAUUCAGACGCGGGGCCAGCUGCUGUGUGUGCGCGAGUUCGCCCAAUUCCUGGUACCACUCAGGAAAGUGUUCUCCGGAGCCGAGCCUCGGGUCAACCCCGUCACCUUGAGUCAGUACCUGACUCGCCAGCGCCACCUGCUGCACGGCUAUGAGGCGCGGCGGCUGAAGAACGUGCCAAAGAUCGUACAGCUGGCAUGCAAGGUGCUACUGGACAUUGCCGAGGACCGGCAGGCCACCGAGGAGGAGGUGAUUAUGGAGAUCCCGGACCUCACUGCCGAGGUGGAGAAGACAGUGUCCCAGCAAGCCAUCCAGCAGCUUGGCAAGGAGAUGAUCGGUAAAGGCAUCGCCGUGACGCCACCCUGUGCCUCCGGUCCGCCGACCCUGGCCAAACUGCCCUCAGAGCCGCUUCCCAAAGAUCCAGACCCGUGGAACAGGCAGAGCACGGAAUGGGCCAAGCCCACGUCCGACCUCCGGAAGACCCGCAGCUACAGCGAGUCAGACCUCCACAGUGUGAGGUUGGUGCCAAGCUGGCCGGAGGGUCCACUGACCUUCCUGACAGGACUGCCCCCUGCUGGCCACCUGAGCAAAGCGCGUUUAUCUUAUGACGAUCUAGCAGCGGUUCCCCUUUCCAGCUCUCCUCUUGCUCACCGGGCUGCCGCUUUCAAAAGUGAAUGGUCCCCCCUGUCGGCCUGGGAGCCCAGGGGGCGGCUCGACAUGGACGACAGCACCCCUCCGCUCUCCCGCAGGAGGCCCUUGAGCGAGGUGCGGCACAGAGUGUCCCUAGGCCCCCUGAGGAUGAACCAGCACACCAGCGCCAGUGUUUCCGGAGCCCCGGGGGACCUGUCAGACAGCCCGUACGAGGCAUCCUCCAAGAUCGCUGGAUCGGCAAGCACCAGAGGCAGCGAUGCGGAGGGCAGAACAGAGGGGCCCCUUGGGAGCAUACAGACCGAGAUCUCCCCACAGGUCCGACGGCUGCUGGUGGCCCAGGCCCUGGCCUCCGAACUGGACCAGGACGGGAUGAAGCGCAAAAACGAGGUCUUACGCUGGCAGAGUGAGCUGAACUCCAGGGAAGGAGCGUGGGAGCGCUUGUGCGUGGAGAGAGACCCCCUCGUCCUCGCCGGCCUCAUGUGGUCGUGGCUGGAGCAGCUGAAGGAGCCUGUCAUCUCCAAGGAGGACGUGCAGUCGCUGGCCAGGCUGGAGCCCUGGCAGGCCCUGGACAGCCUGGACAAGGGCCCCAGGCAGACGCUGCUGUGCAUCCUCAACUGCGUGGCCCGUGUGGCAGCAAUUCCAGCAGAGCUGGAGGCCGCUUUUCUGCAGCGGACAAUAAAAGCGUUCACACAGAUGGGGCCCGAUUCUAACGAGGGGGAAGCAGUUUACGAAGCCCUCAAGGGGAUCCUGACGCCAGUCUUGUGUGAGAUGAGGCUGAGAGUAGCAGAAGAGACGGAGGGGGCCUGUUACUGCCUGCAAGACCCCUGACUUCCCUGCAUGGGAGCUGACAAAAAGGUCUCCGUAGCGAUGAAACUAUUGUCUAUUGACCAUAAAUUUAAAACAUACAUGUUUUCCUUCAGCUUAGUCGCAACCCCGAAUUACAGAUCAUAACACGUUUAUCCACUGCUGCUAUGUAUUUGUGUUCCUUUUUUAAACUGUUUUAUGAAACAUUUCUAAGACGUGAUUUCUGCAUUAUUUUUCAUUUGUCUGUUUAUGAUUUAUUUUAUGACUCAUUGCCAUGUUUAUGUGCCUUAAUGUUUAGUUGGAUGUGUUUUUGAAUGGCUCAAUGACUGAGGCUUUUGUAAAAGGUCCCUUUUUCAGUACUAAUGCAUUGUUAGCUUAUUCAGUUUUGUUUUACUAUUUGUCAGUCGUCAGCUGCAAACAGAACUGCCAACGUUUGCAUUAGGUGUAAUAUCAUUUCAGAUGAGAAUUUCUACUUUUCAGGAAGUACAGGAACACCUGCGUUAUAUACUAUUGAAACCAAAAAGAAACACUUACUGUGCAAAACCACUUAUUUAUAAGGUUAUAGCAGAUUUUUUAUAGAUAUGCCAAGAAAGGGAAAGACAUGAAUGCAAUGGUAAACUUCUAAGGGGAUCAUUCAGAUCUACUAGAUAACCGUUUCCUUGUAUAAUUUAACAGGGAAUUGUAAACUCUUAGACCUGACAAUUAAUUUCAAUUGUCUUAAGUUUUCUUUUAAAAGACUGGUGCAGUGGUGAAGUAAGACAAAAAUGCCUUAAAUGUGGCAUCUGGCUAUAACUAUUCUUUAUGCUAAAGAUUAUUAGAUAUAAGUUUUGCAGAUAAAAUACUCCCUGAUUAUACACAGUGGAGAGGUAGCACUGAAAGUUUUAGCACUGAAAGAAGCACUAUUGAUUAGCGCUGUAGCCUUUGGGCCACUGUGUGUUCACACAUAUCCUCAUUCUGUCACUGGGGCACCGGCACCAUUCUGAUAUUUGUCUGGUGACCAGAAGAUCCAGGUAUAUCAGAGAACAGCACCCCCCCCCCCCUUUAAAUACAUAAAAAUACAUAAGCUGUUCAGGCCUGGCACUGUUCAGCACACAAAGGAUUUGAAAAUUCUUAAUUCUUGCAUCUUGUACUUGAAUGUUGUAUCUGCGAAAUAUUCGCUUCCAGCUACAACUUUAAGAACUACAAAUGUAUGUUAGAUUUUUAAUACAGUGAAUGUUCUUGGAA